CAGAAGCGGAAGUUCUUAUAAUUUGCUGUAUCACAGUUGAGCACAAGACAGUGCAAAGAUGGCGACGCUGAGUGACAAGUCAGUUUGGGACGAAGUGGAGGAUGGCAUCGGCGAAGAAGUAUUAAAAAUGUCCACUGAAGAAAUAGUUCAGCGGGCUCGACUUCUUGACAGCGAGAUAAAGAUUAUGAAGAGCGAAGUGCUGCGAGUGACCCACGAGCUACAGGCCAUGAAGGAUAAAAUCAAGGAAAACACGGAAAAGAUUAAGGUGAACAAAACGCUACCGUAUCUGGUGUCAAAUGUGAUCGAGCUACUUGAUGUGGAUCCCAAUGAUCAGGAGGAAGACGGGGCUAAUGUGGACCUAGAUUCACAAAGGAAAGGGAAAUGUGCCGUUAUCAAGACCUCCACUCGACAGACCUACUUCCUGCCGGUGAUCGGUCUCGUGGAUGCUGAGAAGCUAAAGCCCGGUGACCUGGUGGGUGUCAACAAAGAUUCAUACCUGAUCUUAGAGACUCUACCAACCGAGUACGACUCCAGGGUAAAGGCCAUGGAGGUGGAUGAACGUCCCACGGAGCAAUACAGUGACAUAGGGGGCCUGGACAAGCAGAUUCAGGAGUUAGUGGAGGCUAUAGUCCUGCCUAUGAAUCACAAGGAGAAAUUUGAAAACCUGGGCAUCCAGCCACCUAAAGGGGUCCUGAUGUAUGGACCCCCGGGCACAGGAAAAACCCUUCUGGCUCGUGCCUGUGCUGCUCAAACCAAGGCUACCUUUUUGAAGCUGGCUGGUCCACAACUAGUCCAGAUGUUUAUUGGUGAUGGUGCCAAACUGGUUAGAGAUGCUUUUGCUUUGGCCAAAGAAAAAGCUCCAUCCAUCAUCUUUAUAGAUGAACUUGAUGCCAUUGGGACCAAGCGAUUUGACAGUGAGAAGGCAGGAGACCGAGAGGUGCAGAGGACCAUGCUUGAGCUGCUCAACCAGCUGGAUGGAUUUCAACCCAACAUGCAGGUCAAGGUCAUCGCUGCUACCAACAGAGUGGACAUCUUAGACCCUGCUUUACUCCGUUCAGGUCGUCUAGACAGGAAAAUCGAGUUCCCCAUGCCAAACGAAGAAGCCAGAGCUCGCAUCAUGCAGAUUCACUCUCGCAAGAUGAACGUCAGCCCAGAUGUGAACUACGAAGAGCUUGCUCGCUGCACCGAUGACUUCAAUGGAGCCCAAUGCAAAGCUGUGUGUGUGGAGGCUGGAAUGAUCGCGCUGCGUCGUGGAGCCACAGAGCUAAACCACGAGGAUUACAUGGAGGGGAUCCUGGAGGUUCAAGCCAAGAAGAAGGCCAACUUGCAGUACUACGCCUGAGAGGCCAAUGUCUGUGUGUGUAAAACAAAAACGCAAAAACAAAACAAGACCAGCUGGUCUUGUUUUAUUUUUGCGUUUUUGUUUUGUUUUUUCCUUUUGUUUGGUUUUCUAAAAUGUUCGGGUGGCAUGAAUUGUUAAAACAUUUAUCAAGUAAACACUUGAAACUACAGUUUGGGCUAAUAAAAAGAAUAACAAUAAA